AUGCCAGCCAGGCAGAAACAGAAGGGUCCAGGUGGCUGGACACCAGAAGUGAUGUACGAGGUGGUGAGGUUGUUAGUCAUCCAGUAUGUAGAUGGAGGAACAGAAGUGGUGUUAGAAUACAGCACCACCCUGUGGAAUGAUGAAAAAUUACCAUCUCCAGAGCCUAUGAAGUUGACACUACUGACCACUUUGGCAAUUCUGCUGCUGGGUGAUGUCUGCUCAGAUUCUGCUUCCUCAGCUUCUCGUCCCAAGAACCUGAAAGACCUCGUCAGACAGGCGCGAGAAGUGGAAGAAGACUUGCCUCUUAAUCCAGAUCUCGAAGAAGUCAUUCCCCCACUGGCUCUCGAUUCCAGCUCUACGCCAUUGAGAAUGUCAGCUCGGCUGAAUUUGCUUGGUUCUCAGUCCGUCUUUGACGCCAGUGAAAACCUGCAAUGGGUCCCCUUCCACAUGUCUGCUCCCAAAGAUGCGGUAUUAAUCUGGAAUACUUAUACUUCAUGCUUCGAAUAUGUCUGUAAAGUCGAUUGUAUACCUGGAUACUACACCCCGAGGAAAGGUGCAAGAUGUUUUUUUGCUUAUGGUGGACGAGAGCAUUAUUCAGAGUCAUUUCAGAUUUUAGACAACAAGGACAAGUUUGAGCUUCUAGAGUGGGUACCGGGAUCUUAUGGCACAUAUCCAUCAUCAGCUGUCAGAGCAUGUGCACAUACCGAUGUCUUUGUGGGUAAAAACAAGUACGGCUUAGGUAAGGUAGACUCAAAGAAUACAGCCUUCUUCUUACCAUGGAAGGGUAAGGAGUAUUAUUACAAGAAGUAUGAUGUCCUCUCCAUCAAGAGAAAAUCCUACAGUCAGAAAAUCUCUAAUGUCAUCUAUGAUAUUAGUCAGGCAAACCUCCAGGAACAACCUCCUCAAAUCCUUAAAAAAUCAUCUGUGGACAACCACGAAUGCCAAACAGUAAAGAAAACUGUCAUUUUAGAGGCCACAACCAAAAAUGAGAGACGUUGGGAUAUCCAGCGUUCAUCCAUGAUUGGAGCUUCCUUGAUCUUCACUGCUGGAAUCCCUUCAGUCAUCGCUGGAACUAUCACUAUCUCCACAGAGAAAACGUUCACCAUUACUUUAGGCCAAACAUCAAGCACGUCUAACGGUCACUCCUUGUCUAUUGAGGUAAACGUACCACCCAAUUACUCCUGCAGAGUGAACAUGAUAGGAAAACAGAUGACCACUGAUAUCCCCUACACCGCCAGUCUGAGCCGCACUUAUGAUGAUGGCAAUACAGCAUCGACCACCAUUGUUGGCACAUAUAAGGGAUUGGACGUAGGGGAGGUGACAGCUGUGGUGGAGCGCUGCGUGAAAAUCCCCAACGCUCAACCCUGUUAAUCUGCGUGAUCUAGCUAUGAAGAGUCACUGUGAACACAUGAUAGCCCAUAAUUAGCAUGCAUGUUCUCAGAUUUAGUAUUGUAAACUCCUUGAAAUUAAUAAGUAUAAAUGAAUUGCCUGCAUUGAACUGCUGUCUGUCUAUGCUGCUAAUAAAAAAUAGCA